UUUUUGCGAAAUGCGUAUAAAGUCACAGAAACUUGUCCGUUUUAGAGCUAAGUCGCAUUGGUCUGUCUGCUAUGUCCGCCGCGGGGAAUCGAAUCCCGGAUUUUAGCGUGACAACUAUGAAAGGAAUAGAAAGUGCAAAUUAUGUGCCAGUUUCUCAGACCCAAAGUGAUGAUGAAGAGCACAAUUCCUGGAAGUCAAGAAGCAUCAAAGAGAAUGGUUCAAUCGACAUUCUUCAGAAGCCCUUAAUAGAUGAAAAACUUGCAGAUGAAGAGGAAACACGGUUGGAUGAUGAACCAAUGUCCUUGUCACGAAAAUUUUGUUUCGUGCUCUCCUUGUUACUUUGUGUUUUCUUUAUUGUGGCAUUUGCCUGGCUAAUCCCAUGUAAACUUCCCCAAUACUUCGGAAAAGGGAAGCCAGAACUUUUUGAAUGGUCCUUGGUACUUAAUAUUAAUGAUAUUGUUUUAUCCACCAACUUGGAAAGUGUGCCAGGAUUAGUAAGUACUCAACAGGUAGUUGUGUUUGGCACCAUUAGUCAUUUGAACGCUACUAAUUCUGCUUUAAUGGCUAUCCACGCAUCUAUAGGUGAAGUGAUAUGGCAUGUUAAACUUCCUUCUCAACCAAACUUGAUCAAAUGCAACCAAGUGGAUGCCAAUCAUGAUGGUGUCUUAGAUUGCGUUAUUCUUGGAAAUGAAUUAAUGAUGGUAGUUAACGGUACUGAUGGACACAUCUUUUGGGAGCUACAGUCUGAAAAAUUCUCCAACCCAAUAGCUAUUUCUGACUGUGAUGGGGAUUAUGUUGAUGACAUGGUUUCUUUUCAUUUGUCCUCAAAUAUAUCAAUAGUUGUAUUAUCUGGAUCUUCUGGAAACUCUAUUAUUUCUCAUCCUAUUGAGACAUGUAGCACAUUGCCUGAGGCUGCUGUAACCCACAGAACAGGAGCUAAAAGUAUUACGAAUUUUGUGUUUUUUUGUGAAGACCAACACAAAAACGGGCUUCUACUAGAACACACUUCAGGGGCUGGAAUACUUGCUUGCAUUCUUCACUCCUCUGAAGUGCGUCUCAUGUUUAGUGAAAGCCAAAUCAACAAGGUUGGCGACAUACAUCUGUUAGUGUUGACUACAAAAAGUGAAAAAGAAGAUGUUAUAGUUUGGAAUGAUGUAAGCCUUUUUUUCCUCAGCGGACAGGAUUAUUCCACACAAUGGAGCUUUUUACCCAAUACAAAUUCUCAAAUCAGGGCGGUAACAUCAGGAAUUUUCUUCAGUUCAAAUGUCACAGACAUUGUCCUUGGUAUAAAUGACAGUGAAUACGGUUCGCAGCUUUUAGUUCUUGAUGCUUCCACUGGUAGCAUCAAAUGGAACCAGACUUUUGAAAAUGGAACAAUUACAGUACUUAUGACUACUCCCAAGUUGUUCUAUUCUCGAGAUGGAUUACUUGUGAAGUUUGUUAAGCCAUUGAAUCUUUCUCAGGUGAAAUCACAGGACAGGCAGCAGUUUAAGGACUACAUAGAGCAGUAUAUUGUAUUAGAGUGUACAAUUUCUAAUGACUUCACUAUUGUGUUCAGUGAAAUUGUCUCUCAGGGCUGUUCAGGUCAGGAUUGCAGUCCAGAUGUUUACAGUCCCGUUAAGACAGCCUCAGUGAUCAAUCUCAAUCAUGAUGGAACCCCAGACAUUGUAGUGGCUAGUACCUCUGCCAUUGAAAACAAUAAUACUUUGGAUAACUCCUUCCAUCAAAAAACUGUGCUACAAUUAGUGGAUUUUUCAGCUCAUAUCCAAUUGCUUCAGUGUAAGGUUCCAUGUGAUUGCUAAUCUAUUUUUGAAGUAUGACGCUGUAAAAUUACUGGUCUUUUUCUUUUUAAUUUUAUAAUUUUCUUUUUAGAAAAAUUUUGACUUAAUUACUUGGCAUUAGUACUGGUGUUGGAAUAUAUUUAGAUUCUAUCUCUGUUUACAUGAAAUAGAGUGAUUGCUGUAACCAUUUACAUCUAAUGUGUAAUUAUAUUUCUGUGAUGUUGUAAUUGGAUAUGUGUUAGUUUAACUCUUUUGCUGCAUAGUUUGGAUAUAUCUGAAUAAACAUUUAUGCUCACUGACUGCAAAAUUUGGAUUUCCCUCUAGUCUGGGAUUUUCUUUUAUUUAGGAACAUUUAUUUAUAUUUUUUUCGACCUUUU